AUGAUUUGGAGCGGACUGAGAUUCGCAGACCUCCAAAGAAUCACGCUCCCGGACCUGAUCCUGGAUUCCCGGAACGCCCGGGGUUGGUGCUGGAGGGCAAAAACCUCCGCGUCGGGGCACGCGUUUGGAGUCGUCUCGAGCGGCUUCCUCAGCCGGGGAAGUCGCACGUGGCUCUGGAAAUUUUUGACCACUCUGGACACGGUCUUGAGCGCGCAGGAUUCCAAAGUCAUUGACUUCCUUCUCCCUGCUUGCACACUUCAAGGGGUUAUUUAUCCCCUCGAACCGAUGGCGUACGCUGGUGCCUUGGCGUUUUUACGAGAGCUUGCGCAUUGCGACUGGCGCUCACAGCCCAGCCCGUUGGGCGACAUUGCAUUGUCAUUCACAGUCCAUAGCCUGAAGGCCACACUGCUGAGUUGGGGCCCUCAGUUGCACGAGGUCGUAUCAAAAGAGGUGAGAUUGGCUCAAGGGCACCAUAAAGACUCCAACCAAUCCUUGGAUCUUUACGGCCGGGAUAGUGUUUGUGGAUCACUUCAAUUCCAACAAAUUGUAAUCAAUCAGGUCCGCGCCGGGUUUCGCCCUCAGAUUGCUCAACAUCGAGGUGCUCAGGCACCUUUGAUUGAACCCCCAGUGGACCUCCCGGAUUGCGUUGAGGAAGACUCCUCCUCGGAUAGCUCAAGCUCUUCCGAUGACUCGGUACAGGAAACAAAUCCAGCAGUUUCGAAGCGUUCCCAACCACCCGUGGUGGACGAAGUCUUGAUGGCCAAGUAUCGCACCGUGGUGCAUGCGUUGCUUGACGACUUGGAGUCGACGGAGACCGAUUCCGCAACACAGCUCCUUCGCACGGCCUGUGGCCGCAAGCUCCCCAAAUUCGCCACAGUGGUGAUAGAUUCGAUCGAUAGCACAUUGACAUUGCGCCAGCAUAGUGGUUGCCGAAAGGCCUGGGCAUCACUCGGAUGA